CGGUAGCCAAAAUACUCCAACUACGUCAAAAGUCAUCUCGACCUCAAACUUCAAUCUCGAAAAACCUGCUCUGGACAACGAGCUUUCCUUUCUCUCCAACAGCUCUUAUUCGGGUUAUUACAAUUCAAACUAUUUACCAUGGCGACAUCGAUUGCCCAGGGACUCUUCAAAUCCCUGCCAAAACCAAAAUACACAGGCGAAGACGAAGAACUGCCGAUACAUGCCCAGCCCAAAGGCCCGCGAAUCAUAGGAGCUAGUGCUAUUAACGAGUCGCAAGUUGUUUUAAAGACAGUUGGCCCACCUCCGUAUGGCAAACGCGCAGGAUGGCGACCUCGAAACCCCGAAGACUUUGCUGACGGUGGCGCGUUCCCCGAAAUCCCAGUCGCUCAAUACCCCCUCGAUAUGGGGCGGAAAGGCACUUCAUCAACAUCAAAUGCUUUAGCUGUCCAAGUUGAUGCAGAAGGGAAAGUUAAGUACGAUGCUAUCGCAAAACAGGGCCAUGGCGAAAAUCGGAUUGUACACGCCUCCUUUAAAGACCUAAUACCACUCCGCCAACGUGUCGAUAUGGGCGAAAUAUCGCUAGCUCGCCCAUCACAGGAAGAGGUAGCGGAGCAGAUGGAAAAGACCAAAGCUGCGCUGGCAAAAUUGGUGACUGGGGCUGUUGCGGCGCAGAAGCCGAAAAACGUGAAGGGUGGGAAGCGGAGCGAGCCCACUUUCGUGAGGUAUACGCCUGCAAAUCAGAUGGGUGAUACAAGUCAGAAGAAUGAUAGAAUUAUGAAGAUUGUGGAGAGACAAGUCGAUCCCAUGGAACCGCCGAAAUUCAAGCAUAAGAAGAUUCCUCGCGGCCCUCCCUCGCCGCCACCCCCAGUCAUGCACUCACCUCCCCGGAAACUUACUGCAGAAGACCAAGAAGCGUGGAGGAUUCCGCCGCCUGUUUCGAACUGGAAGAACCCAAGAGGCUAUACUGUUCCGUUGGAUAAGCGAUUGGCAGCUGAUGGUCGGGGCUUACAAGAUGUUUCUAUCAAUGACAAAUUUGCCCAGUUUGCCGAAGCGCUCUUUACGGCUGACCGCCAUGCUAGAGAGGAAGUGAAACAGAGAGCGCAAAUGCAGCAGAAAUUAGCAGAGAAGGAGAAGGCACAGAAAGAGGAACAUCUUCGUCAACUAGCUCAAAAGGCACGCGAAGCAAGGUCGGCCGGUACAAGUCGCCAGGAAUCUCGAGCUCGAACACGUUCACGAUCUGCCAGCGGUAGUCGGAGCUCAUCUCCAUAUUCAUCCCGUUCUGCCACACCCAGCGAAGAUGAAGAAGCAGCCCGAGAACGCGAACGACGGCGUCGGCAACAGAGACAAGAAGAUGAGCGCCAACUUCGUCAAUCGCGUAUGGGUACUGAGCGGCGGAUCCAGAUGAUGGCGCGAGAACAAAACCGUGACAUCUCCGAGAAGGUCGCGCUUGGCCUUGCAAAGCCAACUCAGAGCAAAGAGACGAUGUACGAUUCCCGACUUUUCAACCAGUCGAGCGGAUUCGAUAGUGGAUUUAAUGAAGACCAGCCCUACGACAAGCCCCUGUUCGCUGCGCAGGAUGCCAUUAAUAGCAUUUACCGUCCUCGAGCGCAGGCAGACGAUUUCGAUGAUGAGGAGGCAGCGGGCGCUGAGAUGAGUCGAAUCGAGCGCAAUAGCCGAUUCGAAGUCCUGGGCCGCGCCAAGCAGGGCUUCAAAGGUGCGGCAGAUGCGGAGGCUCGAGAUGGACCCGUUCAAUUCGAAAAAGACACCUCAGACCCAUUCGGCAUCGACGGCAUGAUUGCUGAAGUUACCGGUGCAGGCGGAAGUGGACAGAAGAGAUACGGCAUUCAAGAAGCUGAAGGAGCCAACGAGCGCGGAUCGAAACGCGCCCGUGUGGACGAUGAUGAUGACGACGACGAUCAUGAUCGGGGGAGAUAGUUAAAAUGAAAGUCUCCAUUUUUACAACAGCCCCUCUUAUUUUACUCCCCAUAAUUUCUCUUUUCCCCCAUGUAUUCACGGUACGGGCUUCUUGCCUAUUUUGCGGUGUACGAUGAUAGAAAUCUGCUCAUAUCGCUGGCGUAUUACUCCCCCUUUUGUUUCAAGUUGCCGAAUUUUGUCUGGAUUUCAUCUUAUUCUUUUCUUUUCUUUUCUUUUUUUUUUUUUAUUUUUUAGCGCGUUUCUGGAGUGGUUACACACAAUUUUAUAGUCCUUCAUUCUUUUUUCUUUUUUCUGUUAUUUAUUUGCAUGCGGACAGGAUGUUGCUUCAUUUUCCAAAUUGUCUGGUCUCUUACAGUCUUCAAGGUUCCGCUUUGUGUUGCAAAUAGGAAUGAAUGGUUUAUCCGCUCAAUUCGUGCUAUUUAUAUUUUCUAAUAUAUUCCAUUGGCUCUUGAUUGAUCAUGGCUACCUAAAACUUUUUGCUCUUUCGGCGAUACAUUCAAACUUUCAUGUUGAAAAUGAAUCAAGUUAAAAUUAACCAAUGAUACAGAAUGAUGUCCAUUAU